AUGGAUAAAUUGAAGGAUAAAAUUAAUAGUUUGAAGGCUGACGCUGAAAAGUGGCAAGAAAAAGCAGACGAGUUCCAAACCAGAAUUAAGGAAUUGGAACAAGAAUCUUUAGAUAAAGAUAACCAAAUCCAAUCCUUAUCAAGAAAGAACGAGGUCUUGGAAACUCAAGUAGAAAAGUUGGAAAAGGAUUUGGAAGAAAUCAAGCAAACUGCUGAUGAAUCUACUCACUUAAAAACUACCAAUGAUAACUACACCAAGAAGAAUCAAGUUUUGGAAGAGGAAUUGGAAGAAGCUGACAAAAACUUGAAGGAAACUACUGCCAAAUUGAGAGAUACUGAUAUUAAGGCUGAACAAUUGGAAAGAAAAGUUGCUUCUUUGGAGUCUGAAAGAGAAGAAUGGGAAAGAAAGUAUGAAGAAUUAUCCGAACAAUAUAAGACUGCCCAAUCCGAAUUGGAAGAAAUCACUCAGCAAUUGGAUGCCUUGUAA